UCUGAGCGAGAGCCAGCCCUGCCCCACGGGAGACGCGUGGAGUCCACACCAUCGGGACGCGGCAGGGGGCAGCAGAGAGCAGCGCCGCCGUCUCCCCUUCGGCGGCCCCAAGACCGAGAGCAAUGGCUGCGGGCUUGAGGCUCUGGCGAGGCGCCUUCGCUCGGCCCCCGGUGGGCUGGCAGCUGCUGGGCGCGUCUCCUUACAGCAGCGGCGCCCCGAACAAGUCUGGGCAGCCGGAGCAGCCGCAGCGAGAGGAGGCGACGCAGAAGCGGCUCACCCGCACGUGGCAGCUGCACGGCAUCAGGAACAUCGUCUUGAACAACCCUCAGAAAAGAAAUGCUCUUUCGCUCGCCAUGCUGAAGUCUCUGCGUGAGGACAUUCUGCACGAUAUCGAAAGCACCGAUCUCCGAGUCAUUAUCAUCUCAGGUGAAGGGCCUGUUUUCUCCUCUGGACAUGACUUAAAGGAACUGACUCACAGGGAAGGCGAGAAGCACCACGCAGAAGUCUUUGAGAUCUGCUCCGAGGUCAUGGCCUUGCUUCCAAAGCUGCCGGUGCCCGUCAUUGCCCAGGUCAACGGCCUCGCCACUGCAGCUGGCUGCCAGCUGGUCGCAAGCUGCGAUCUGGCCGUGGCCAGCGAGAAGUCCAGAUUCGCCACCCCCGGGGUGAACGUUGGGCUGUUCUGCUCUACGCCAGCAGUAGCCGUGGGGAGAUCCCUCCCUAGAAAGGUUGCCCUGGAGAUGCUGUUCACGGGGGAGCCUAUGACUGCUCAGGCAGCUCUUCAGCACGGGCUGGUCAGCAGGGUGGUUCCAGAGGACAAGUUGGAAGCGGAGACGCUGCGGAUCGCCCACAGGAUCUGCGAGAGCAGCCGGUCUGUGCUGGCUCUGGGGAAAGCCACCUUUUACAAGCAGAUGGAGCAAGACCUUGUCACAGCCUACAGAAUGACCUCGCGGGCCAUGGUGGACAACCUUGCCCUGAAGGACGGGCAGGAAGGAAUCGAGGCCUUCAUCUCUAAACGCAAGCCUGUCUGGACACACUUCUGAAACAGCUUCCCCAAGGGACUCCAUCCACAUUUGCCAAUCAAACCAAGAUCCUUCAUGCUGGUGCCUUCUCUCUUGGAAAGUCAGAAUGACCGCUAGACGCUUGUUUCAAGUGAUCUCUUCAUUGUACAGUGGAUCCUGCUUUGACAAGGCAUAAUUGCCUUGUUUUGAUUACUAACAAUUGUUUUAGUUGCUUUAAUGUUGUUUUAGAAUAUUGUUUUAAAUUUUUUUAAUUGUGAUUUAAAUUUCUUGUUUGUGUUAACUAAUGUUUUUUUUUAAUCUUGUAUAAAAAUAUGUUAAAUAAAUAAAUCUGUACUGCUGUUUUGCCUGUACAGAAUGGCCAUGCAGCGCA